AUGUGGCGAAUCGUGCAGAGGAAGUGCGUGACGAACGUGAUUUCUCUCGUCCAGAAUCACGUCCGAACGUUCCCGGUCCGAGCGCUCCCCGUCCGCUCGACGACGGCGCGGCUGCGAGGACGGGCGGUCGUGACGUCCCUCGCGAGGUUCUCGAGCACGGCCGCUCGGGAGCAGAGCAGCCAGGACGACGAAUCCGGGUUUCACAGCAUCAUCGGGGACGGGGAGAAGCCGACGGGGCAGGGGACGCGCAUGGAGUUCCAGGCGGAGACUCGGAUGCUCCUGGACAUCGUGGCGAAGUCCCUCUACUCCGAGAAGGAAGUCUUCAUCAGGGAACUCAUCUCGAACAGCAGCGACGCCCUCGAGAAGGUCCGGUACUUCAACCUGACGGGGAAGAGCCUGGAGAGCCCCGACCGGGCGCUGGAGAUCCACAUCGGGACGGACAAGGUGGCGAAGACCUUGACCGUUCAGGACACGGGGGUGGGGAUGACGAGGGAGGAGCUCGUGGACAACCUGGGCACCAUCGCCCGGUCGGGGUCCAAGGCGUUCCUGGAGGAACUCAAGAAGGGGAGCGUGGACCCGGGCACCAUCAUCGGGCAGUUCGGGGUCGGAUUCUACUCCACGUUCAUGAUCGCGGAGAAGGUGGAGGUGUACACGAGGGCCUCGGGGUCGCCCGGGUACCUCUGGACGUCGGAUGGGACGGGGACGUACGAGGUCGGGGAGGCGGAGAACGUGCAGUUGGGGACGAAGAUCGUCGCUCGUCUCAAGCCCGACUCGCUCGAGUUCGCCGACGAGGACAGGAUCAAGGAAGUGAUCCGGAAGUAUAGCAACUUCGUGGGGAAUCCCAUCUUCCUGAACGGGAAGCAGGUGAACACGAUCCAGGCCGUGUGGCUCAUGGACCCGAAGGACGUGAGCGAGGAGAUGCACGAGGAGUUCUAUCGGUUCGUGGGCAACUCGUACGAUCGGCCGAGGUUCACGCUGCAUUACAGGACGGACGCGCCCGUGAAUCUCAGGACUCUGUUGUACUUUCCCGAGGGGAAGCCGGGGCUCUUCGACCUCAGUCGGGACAUGGACGUCGGGAUCUCCCUAUAUUGCAGGAAGGUCCUCAUCCGGCACCGGGCCGAGAACAUCCUCCCCAAGUGGCUUCGGUUCGUGAAGGGCGUCGUGGACUCCGAGGACAUACCCCUGAAUCUGAGUCGAGAGCUGUUGCAAGACAGUUCCCAGAUCAGGAAACUCCGGACGGUGUUGACCAACCGCGUCGUGAGAUUCCUGCAAGACCGGGCCAGGAAAGAGCCCGACUCCUACCGAGAAUUCAUCACCAACUACGGAAUAUUUUUCAAGGAAGGAAUCCUGACGGGCCAGGAGCAGAUGGAGAAGGAAGAGAUCGCCCGGCUCCUUCAAUACGAAUCCUCGAAGUGCCCUGCCGGGGAGCGAGUGACCCUGAUGGACUACGCGAGCCGGAUGAAGCCGGGCGAGCGGGACAUCUUCUACCUCGCGGCCCCGAGCCGCCACCUGGCCGAGUCGUCGGCCUACUUCGAGGCCUUCAAGGCCCGGGACGUGGAGGUCCUCUUCUGCUACGAGCCGUACGACGAGCUCGUCCUCAUGACGCUGAGGCAGUUCGACAGGAAGAACCUCACGUCCGUGGAGAAGGAGAUGCGGCAGGAGAAGGAGAGCGUGAAGGUGGAGGAGAUGGAGGGGAGCCUGCCCAAGUCGGAACUGGACGCGCUGACCGAGUGGAUGAAGGACACGCUGGGCGGGAAGGUGAGCGCGGUGAAGUACACGGGGAAGCUGGACUCGCACCCGUGCGUCGUGACGGUGGAGGACAUGGGCGCGGCGAGGCACUUCGUGAGGACGCAGUUCGCGGGGAUCCCCGAGGAGCAGCGCUACCGGCUCCUCCAGCCCCAGCUGGACGUGAACCCUCGCCACCCGAUCGUCAAGAAACUGGCCGAGCUGAGGACGGGGAACCCGGAGCUGGCGGCGCUGGUCACGGAGCAGCUCUUCUCCAACGCCAUGGUCUCCGCCGGCCUCGUCGAGGACCCGAGGACCGUCCUCACCAAGUUCAAUCAACUCCUCGCGCUUGCCCUCGAGAAGCAUUGA